UCUCUGGACUGCAUCAAAUACCGUUUUGAAGUGUGGAGGAGAGAAUACCCUGACUGCUACCGAGACGCUUACAUCGGCCUUUGUCUGCCCAAGCUCUUCAACCCUUUAGUUCGACUGCAGCUCAUUACCUGGAACCCUCUCCAGGAGUCGUGUCCGACCUUUGAGUACAUGCUGUGGUUCGAGUCUCUUCUGUUUUUUGGUUUUGAGGAGCACACCACGCUACAAAAAGAUGAGGACAUCGGCUUGCUGCCUGCUAUUGUAGAGAAGGUCAUCCUCUCCAAACUGUCAGUGUUGGUAGAGCAAGUGUGGGACCCGCUGUCAAGCAGUCAGACCGCCAGGCUGGUGGGCUUCAUUCACAGACUCAUUGAAGGAUAUCCAACUGUGGUGCAAGGGGACAACCAAUACACACAGGAGCUUUUAAAAACUAUAGUUUUACGGACCCGACGAGUUCUGGAUGAAGACGUCUUCCUUCCACUCUACCCCAAAAAUGUGAUGGAGAACAAGAAUAGCGGGGCCUAUCUUUUCUACCAGCGCCAGUUCUGGUCCUGUGUGAAGCUGCUAGGCAACAUCCUGCAGUGGGACGGCAUCCUCUCCUAUUCCUGUCUGAAGGAGUUGGCUCUGGACAGCACGCUUAACAGAUACAUCCUCUCUGCGCUGCAGACCACAGAUAUAGGAGAAGAAAAUGUUCAGAAGUGCCAGAAG